CAUUUAAAGGUUUCCACCCGGACUCCCGACAGUGACGUACCAUAGUAAAACUGUGUGACAGUCAGGCUGGUCCGGGUAAAUAAGUGGGUGAAAGGUCCACCAGGCAGCAGAGACAGCAGCACAAAAACACGUCUUGCGGAGCAAUAGUCGACCAGCAGAGCGGAAACUAAAAAUGUCCAAUCAGCCAAAGCCGAUCAGUCCGCUGAAGAACUUCUUCGCAGGAGGGUUUGGAGGGGUCUGCCUCGUCUUCGCCGGACAUCCUCUGGACACCAUUAAAGUGCGUUUACAGACUCAGCCCAAACCCAAACCUGGAGAGAGCCUCCUGUAUGCUGGGACCAUUGAUUGUUUCAAAAAGACCUUAGCCAAAGAGGGGGUAAAAGGACUCUAUAAAGGCAUGGCGGCCCCCAUCAUUGGAGUCACGCCCAUGUUUGCUGUCUGUUUCUUUGGGUUUGGGCUGGGCAAGAAACUACAACAGAGAACCCCGAAUGAUGUCCUUACGUAUCCACAGCUGUUUGCCGCUGGGAUGCUGUCUGGUGUGUUCACCACGGCCAUCAUGGCUCCUGGAGAGCGCAUCAAAUGCCUCCUACAGAUCCAGGCAUCAACAGGAGAGCUGAAGUAUGCGGGACCCAUGGACUGUGUGAAGCAGCUGUACAGACAGUCUGGGAUCAGAGGAAUCUACAAAGGCACCGCUCUGACUCUCAUGAGAGAUGUUCCAGCAAGUGGGAUGUACUUCACAUCCUAUGAGUGGUUGAAGAACCUCCUCACACCCCCAGGCAAAAGCCAUAAUGAGCUCAGCGUUCCCAGCGUGUUGUUUGCUGGAGGGAUGGCCGGGAUCUUUAACUGGGCCGUCGCAAUUCCUCCCGACGUACUAAAGUCUCGUUUCCAAACAGCUCCUGAAGGAAAAUAUCCCAACGGCUUUCGGGACGUUCUGCGGGAGCUGAUCAGGGAGGAGGGCGUGGCCUCUCUGUAUAAGGGCUUCAGUGCUGUCAUGCUAAGAGCCUUCCCUGCAAACGCAGCUUGCUUUUUAGGAUUUGAGUGCGCAAUGAAGUUCCUGAACUGGUUAGCACCGGACCUGUGAUGAAGGCUCAGCGUCACCUCUUGUGUGAAUCCCAGGGACGCAACGCUGGAACACAGCAGAGUCAUUAGCAGGACGAACACGCAGUGAAUCAAACAAUACCAAGAGAUUUUUGCAAUUUUCCAAUAAUGUACUUGAUUGUCUUUGAAACUUUGUGGUAUUUUAGAGGCUGUGAAUCAUUCAGAACUGCUGAAGGUUCAGAGCAGAAAUGUUGUGAUGACUCUGCGCAUCAGCCAGUACUCUUUCUCUCUCUCACACACACACACACACACAGUCAAAUGUUCUCACUCCUUUUUGUUUUACUCGUUUUUUGAUUUGUUUAAACUGUGUUAUUUUUAUACAAGAAAAGGAGUGAGCUGAACAUGCGUGCCUUACUGUUUGUUAUCUGUGAGCAGGUGUGCAUAUCAGGGAAAAGGUGCGUUUAGUUGUACUGUGUGUGUUCAGUCUCUCUGCGGUACGCAGCUUUCAGACUGUCUGCUGCUGCUUCCUGCGUGGUCACACUAGCUACACUUUGUUUAAAUGAUGAAAGUAGUCGUUAUGAGAUUGAUUAAACAGUCUGUGAAUGUCAACAUGUGUAGAAAUAAACAUCAGAAUCCAUAUUCAGGAAUUAAACUUUAAGUUACAUUGUUA